AUGAUGAUCAGGGCUGUGACAUCUGCUGGUUCAUCUGAGCUAAUUGCAGUCUCUUCAUUAUGCACAUAUGACAUCUAUCGUACGUAUAUAAAUCCAGAUGCAACUGGAAAGCAAAUACUGAAAGUGUCAAGGGCUGUUGUGCUCGCCUUUGGAUGUUUCAUGGGAAUUUUGGCAGUAAUACUGAACAAGGCUGGAGUUUCUCUUGGUUGGAUGUAUCUUGCCAUGGGUGUAUUCAUUGGCUCAGCAGUUCUUCCCAUAGCUUUUAUGCUUCUAUGGCGAAACGCAAACGCAAUAGGCGCCAUUCUUGGGACAAUUAUCGGUUGCAUUCUUGGGAUUAUCACUUGGUUGUCAGUUGCAAGUGUUGAGUAUGGCAGGGUAAAUCUUGACACAACUGGCCGAAAUGCACCGAUGCUUGCUGGAAACCUUGUUUCGAUACUUACUGGUGGUGCCAUUCAUGUUAUUUGUAGUUUGUUGUGGCCUCAAGACUAUGACUGGGUUACCACUAAGCAGAUAACUGUGGUUGAGAAGGAAAACAGUGAAUUGCCAGCUGAAGAGUUCAGGGAGGAAAAGCUGGAGAGAGCAAAAGCUUGGAUAAUGAAAUGGGGUGUUGGUUUUACUGUUGUGAUUGUUAUAUUGUGGCCUCUGCUUACACUUCCUGCAGGACAAUUCAGUAAAGGGUACUUCACAUUCUGGGCCAUCAUAGCUAUAGCAUGGGGCACCAUUGGAUCAGCCGUGAUUAUCGCGUUACCAUUGAUAGAAAGCUGGAAGACAAUCCAAACUGUUCUUCUUGGCAUGUUUACCAAUGACAGGCUCAUGGAAAAGGUUAAGAAUUGA